UGAAGAUUGUUGGCAGGGUGCAGGGAAGAGUAGGUCGGGGUCUUUUAGCAAGAUGCAAGGGAGCUAGCAGGGACGGGGGUCUGGAGCAGGGUGCAGCUGUGGAGCUAGCCAUGAAGUGUGCCAAAGUUUGAGCACACACCCCCUCCAUGCUGCUCGCUAUAGGAGAUUUAAGAGGGGGCCUCGGUAGCGAGUGGGAAUCCGCAGUUUGGGUAGAUUCUGUGGGGGCACAGUGAGUUCUGGGGGGGGCAAGAAGGUGCCCCAUCACAAGGAGAGUCCUUAGGUGGGUGAGGCGAAAGGAGCCCGGGGAGGUUAGGGGUGCCAAUCGGGCACCCCCCCCAGGGGAUGAGGGUUGGGCGCGGUCAAGGAGGCGGUGGCAGCGAUGGAGUCCUUGGAGGGACACGGCUCCGUCCAAGGAGUGGGCCGAAAGAGCCGCGUGGGCCGUGCCCCGGUAGCAUGGCGGUGUGGUGGCUCCUGGCGGCCCUCUCCCAGUUGGACCCAGCGGCCGGUGCCAACUUGACCAUCGCGGUGGUGCUGCCAGAGCACAACACGACGUACCCCUGGGCCUGGCCCCGGGUCGGCCCCGCCAUUGAACUGGCCAUCCGGAAGAUCAACGCUCGGCCGGACCUCCUCCCGGGCUACACCGUCCAGAAGGUGUUUGGCACCAGCGAAGACCACUUCGGCGUCUGCUCCGACUACGCGGCUCCCGUGUCGGCCGUGGACUUGAAGAUGAUGUACAACCCGUACGUCUUCAUCGGCCCUGGGUGCAUCUACAGCUGUGCCCCCGUGGCCCGCUUCACCCGGCACUGGGGGCUGCCGCUGGUGACCGCCGCGGCGGAGGCCAUCGGCUUCGAUAACAAGGAGGAGUACGCUUUGACCACCCGUGCCGGGCCCAGCCACAGCAAGCUGGGCGGAUUUGGGGUGCGCCUCAACCAGCGCUUCAACUGGACCAGUCACGUCAUGCUGCUCUACCAAGACAUAAACAAGGAUGACCGCCCGUACUUCUUCUCCCUGGAGGGGCUCUUCAUAAAGUUCCUGGCCUUGAACAUGACGGUGGAGCACAUUGAUUUCGCAGAGGCAAAUUACACCGACCUGAUCCAGGAGAUGAAGGAAAAGGGCCGGAUCAUCUACAUCAGCUGUGCCACCGCCGUCUUCCGCGAGCUCAUGGUCCAGGCGCACCGCGAGGGCCUCACCACAGGCGACUACGCCUUCUUCUACGUCGACCUCUUUGGGGCGAGCCUGAAGAGUUCCCACUUCCCCGACCGGCGGCUCCCCUGGCAACGCGGGGACGGAAAGGACGACGUGGCCCGCGAGGCUUUCAAGGCUGUGAUGAUCAUCACGUACACUGAACCCACGAACCCUGAGUACCGGCCGUUCCUGCAGGAGGUCAAGCAAAUGGCUCUAGAGCAGUUCAACUACACCAUGGAAGAUGACCUGAAAAGCUACAUCGUUGCUUCCUUUCACGAUGGCGUGAUGCUCUACGCCCAGGCUGUGAACGAGACCCUGGAACAGGAGGGCUCCGUCUCCAACGGCACAGUCGUCACCCGCCAGAUGCAGAAUCGAACGUUCUACGGGGUCACGGGGGCGCUGACGAUUGAUCAGAACGGAGACCGGGAAACGGACUACUCUCUCUGGGACAUGGACCCCGUAGUCGGGGAAUUUGAGAUCGUUGCCAAUUACAACGGGACCACCAAGAAGAUCGAGAUGGUCCCUGGGAAGGACAUUCACUGGCCGGGUAACACAGUCCCGAGAGACGUUCCGCUCUGCGGCUUUGAGAACAACAACCCAAUCUGUCAAAAAGCCUCCUUCUCCUUGCUGGAGAUCCUGUCUCUCGCAAUGACCCUCCUCCUUUCCACCAUCAUCAUUGCCGCCUUCUUUGUGUACAGGAAAACGAAACUGGAGAAGGAGCUGGCGUCGGAACUGUGGCGCAUCCACUGGGAGGACGUGCAGUCGAGCAACUUGGAGAAGAACUUGCGGAGCAUGGGCAGCAAGCUCACUCUUUCCCUGAGAGGUUCAAACUACGGCUCCUUGCUCACCACAGAGGGACAGUUCCAAGUUUAUGCCAAGACAGCAUAUUACAAGGGCAACAUCGUGGCCGUGAAAUAUGUCAGCAGGAAGCGCAUCGACCUGACGCGAAAUGUGCGCUUUGAGUUGAAACACAUGCGGGAUGUUCAAAACAAGCACCUGACACGUUUCAUUGGAGCCUGCAUCGAUACCCCGAACAUCUGCAUCCUGACAGAAUACUGCACGCGUGGGAGUCUCCAGGACAUCCUGGAGAAUGACAGCAUCACCUUGGACUGGAUGUUCCGCUAUUCGCUCACCAACGACAUUGUUAAGGGGAUGCUGUUCCUCCACAACAGCGUGAUCAGCCACCACGGCAACCUGAAGUCCUCCAACUGCGUGGUGGACAGCCGCUUUGUACUGAAGAUCACAGACUACGGGCUGGAGACGUUCCGCCAGGCGCCCGAGACGGACGACUCGCACGCGCUGUUUGCCAAGAAACUGUGGACGGCCCCCGAGCUCCUGCGCGUGAGGGCACCCUCCUCCCCACCGGGCACCCAGAAAGGCGACACCUACAGCUUUGGGAUCAUCCUGCAAGAGAUCGCUCUGCGGAACGGCGUCUUUUACGUGGAAGGAACGGACCUGAGCCCCAAGGAGAUCAUCGAGCGCGUGAAGAGCGCCGAGCACCCUCCUUUCCGCCCCUCGGUGAACUUGCCUUCCAGCCUCGAGGAAGUCGUGCUUCUCAUGCAGAGGUGCUGGGCUGAAGACCCUCAGGAGCGCCCCGACUUCCAGCACAUCAAAGGCAUGCUGCGGAAGUUCAACAGGGGGAACAGCUGCAACCUCUUGGACACGUUGCUGUCGCGCAUGGAGCAGUACGCCAACAACCUGGAGGAGCUGGUGGAGGAGCGGACGCAGGCCUACCUGGAGGAGAAGCGCAAAGCAGAGGCCCUGCUCUACCAGAUCCUGCCCCACUCGGUGGCGGAGCAACUGAAGCGCGGGGAGACGGUGGAGGCGGAGGCCUUCGACAGCGUCACCAUCUACUUCAGCGACAUUGUGGGGUUCACUGCGCUGUCGGCGGAGAGCACCCCCAUGCAGGUGGUGGCUUUGCUCAAUGACUUGUACACCUGCUUUGACGCCAUUAUUGAUAACUUCGACGUCUACAAGGUGGAGACCAUUGGCGAUGCCUACAUGGUGGUGUCGGGCCUGCCAGUCCGCAACGGCCGACUGCACGCCCGCGAGGUGUCCCGCAUGUCGCUGGCGCUUCUCGAGGCCGUGCGCAACUUCAAGAUCCGCCACCGGCCCGAGCAGCAGCUCAAACUGCGGAUAGGGCUCCACAGCGGUCCGGUCUGCGCAGGCGUUGUGGGCCUGAAGAUGCCGCGUUACUGCCUCUUUGGGGACACGGUCAACACGGCCUCGCGCAUGGAGUCCAACGGGGAAGCUCUGAAGAUCCACCUGUCGGCAGCCACCAAAUCCAUCCUGGAGGAGUUUGGGUGCUUCGACCUGGAACUCCGUGGGGAUGUGGAGAUGAAGGGCAAAGGCAAGCUCCGGACAUAUUGGCUCUUAGGGGAACGUGUCAGCAGCACCCGGGGUUGAUGAGUAGCAGUGUUCUUCCAGGACGCGAGGGAGGCCCUGUCCUCUUGCUUUCCUGAAGGCAGAAGGACCAAAGACUCCCUUUAGGGAACCCUCGGCCUGGGAAUCAGGGGGUAUCCCGGACUGAGCCCCCAGGACUCCUAUUCCCACGGCCCCACUGUGGGCCUUUUUGAGCAUGGGUCUGGCCUGGGUCAAACACUGCACUCCAAAGACCGGGCAGCGUGCAGGUGGCCUGGGGCGAAGCGUAGCCGUGGCGGCGUUCUUCCGCGGCAGUUUUCUCUGGGUCACGCAACAACCAGAAGUUGUUGGGCCCCUUCGUGGUCGAAAGGGCUCAGCCCUGGCCUUCCCGAUUAAAUGUGCUCCGGACCACUUCCUCUUUGUCCCUCAAAGUCUGGGAGUGGACCUCAGGAUCUGUUAUUUUGUUCCGGAAAGCUGUAGCUUUUGUAAUAAAAUGAACGUGUCGCCCUCGACCUUCGCUGCAUUCCGGGUGCGACGCCCGGCGUAGCUUUAGAAGCUCUUCAUCCCCGUGUACGUACGGUCUGGCUGCGAUGACUUCGCUGUUGAGGGAGUGGCUCUCUGUCCAUGCUCGAAGGCACUUUUUUGCUACCUCGCCUGUCCCAGGAGGCUUCGGCAUUGAUCUGUGGCUGAAAAGGCCUGUGCGCGCGUGUGUGAGUGAGAGAGAGAGAGAGAGUGAAGGAGUAUUAAGAGCGGAGCGGUCUGUGGCACAAACAGCAUCACUUCCCAUCCUGUAGCAAAUACCUUUGGGGGCGGGAUUUUUAUCAGG